CGAGCAGGCGAGAGAGAAUACAUUCAAAGACAUUCAACUGAUAAGGCUCCUUUAUUUAUCUGUCCCCGUUAUGUGAGCCCCACCGGCCUAAGUGUGCAUGAAGAAGAGAAGGCGGAAGCGAUGCUAUAGCGCGCGGGAUGCUGCGGAGUGAGAGCAUCGUGGGAGGAAGGCUCAGAGCGAACCUGCGGGUGGUGAAACACGAAUGGAGCUGCUUCCCGCAGAUGAGAGAGGCAAGCAGCGCGAUCCUCCCGACGUCCUUGACCGGGUUUCCGGCGCGCUGCUGCAUGCCCGCAAGUCCGGUGGAUCAACAGGAGGAGGAGGGUACCCGGGGGAGGGCGUCUGUAACCCGGCCCGAGGCAGCCAUGCCCGGAGUCAUUCAGCACCAAGGACGGCGCCGCGCAGGGGGGGAGCGGAGGUUAAACUCGGUCACCUCGGCGAGGAGAAAGUAAAGGUGUGUUGCGACGAGGAAUUAGAGACAUCCUUCAUUUAUAUCGAUGAGAAUGUUAACCUAUGCCUGGCCAGCCCGGACACUAAAAGUACUCACAGGCCUGUGCGUAAUGGCGAGCCUUGCUCCGAGACUUUACCGGAGUUUUCCUUCAUGUCAGAGGACGAUCUCUCCUUCGGGGAGGGCCCUGGGACUUCUGUAGACUAUGGCUUCAUCAGUGCAGUCACGUUCUUGGUAACCGGGAUCUCCUUGGUGAUCAUCUCCUACGUCGUGCCUCGGGAUGUGGUGGUGGACCGUGACAGCGUGUCGGCGAGGGAGAUGGAGAGGCUGGAGAUGGAGAGUGCGCGGAUAGGCGCCCACCUAGAUCGGUGCGUCAUAGCGGGGCUGUGCCUGCUCACGCUGGGCGGCGUGGUUCUCUCCACGCUGCUCAUGAUCUCCAUGUGGCAGGGGGAGAUCUACAGGAGGAAGGUCAUCGCUUAUUCCAAGCGCUCAGCCAAACUGUACGGCUCCAUCAGCCUGAAGACCAGGUCCAGCCCCAGCCACUCCUCUGUGCAUUUGUCCCUGGAGGAGGAAAUAGAGGAAACUUUGGCUUAACAUGCUGCUCUGUUUAUGAACAUGUUGGGUAAAACAGGAAUUAAUGCCAUUCACAUACAUUAUCUAACAUUGUGUAGCCUAUAACUUUAUUCACACAUUUAUUUUCGUCUCAUACUGUAGUUAAACACUGUAUUGUGCAUCCACGUGGCCAACAGAAAAGCACUCAAAUGCAAAAUGGGGAAUUGCAAGGAAAACAUUAGGUGGUAUUUUGCAGAUAACGAAUGCACAUUUUUUCCAUUAAUUGUUCGGUCAACAAAAUAUCAGAAAAAUGUGAGAAAUGUCCAUUUCAGAUUUUCAAAGUCCAAGGAGAUGUCUUUAAAAUCCUUUUUUUAAUUAUGCCCAAAACCAAAAUAUGUUCACUUUAAUAUGAAAUCACCAUAUUUGAGAAGCUCAAAACAAUAUUUGCUGCCAUUUUUGCCUGGAAAAGACGUUCGAUGAAUCGAUCAUUUGCAUAUAACAAUUACUUUUCUGUCUUCUAAUCGUUGCAGCUUUAUCAAAUUGUUCCCAAAUGAUUUAAAAUGGCUCAAACCCCUGAAAGACACUAGGGAGAUUGCUAAUAGCUUUGUGAUCACUUUUUUUCUGUACCAGGAAUGCAAUCUCUGAGAGCUUCCAUUUAUUAUUAAGGCUAUUCAUAUUUAAUGUGACUGUCUGCAACAGAGAAAUUGUGCGCAGACACAUUUCAGCUGGGGAAAGUGUGUGUCCGCAGGGCCUGAGAGUGGAGGAGAGAUGUAAAGCUGUCCCUGUCCACUGUGAUGUGGGAGCAUCAGCUCAGUGGUCCACACGGUAAUAUCCAGUGACAGUCCCCCUGCUACACUGCUGAGGUAAGCCAGUAUAAGCCCGGAUUCGUGCAUCUGAGCCAAUGCUCAACAUCGGUUUGAUUGCACUGUGCAAUUUGACCGCAUUGGACAGCACCUCUGCACCGUCUUCCUCCUCUCUCCUCCUCCUCACCACCUCCACACAAGACGUUCCUCCUGCAGUUCUUCAAUGCUCACCCCAACCUUUGUACACUUGUAUAUUCACACUUGUGGAAAGGGUCCUGGACGACCACAGCCAAGUGCCUGUGACAUUUCAACGACUUCCUUACCUGCCUGCUCUCAUCCUCUCUGCUUGAGGACAGACUUAAGAACGCCUAAUCGCACAUGAAAGAGUUGCCCCACUUCCCCAUACCUUAAGUCUUCCCCACUUCAAAGAGCUAAUUACAUUAACAACGUGAGGUAUCAGUCUCUUUCCAAGGUUAUAUUUGAUGGUAUCAUGGUAAUUCACCGACUAAAAUAUUUCUAAAAUAAAGCUUAGGAAAAGAGGUUUAUCAUGAGCAGACUGGGUAAACAUUUUUCAACAACAACAGUGUACAGGAAAGACAGAAACAACUUAAUGUAAAACUUUCUAUGACGGCCUUGUCUAUAUUGCAUUAAAAACCUACUUGUGAUGCAUUAUAAUCUGCUUAUAUUUAUUGAUAUCACUAUGUAACACUUGCUUCUAUUCGCAAGUGUUCCAACAUCUUGUACAUGAUAGGCUAAGAGGGGGGACAUCUCUAAGCAGUUGACCAAUCACAACAGAGCCGGCAAGCUAACCAAUCAGAGCAGACUGGGCUCUGGUUUCAGACAGAGGGUGAAAAGAGGUGCUGCAGCACAGGCAGUAUGAGAAAAAUAAAGAGCUCUUUGAACAUUAAAGCAUGGA